CUCGUCCUGCAGGCUCUCUUGGCCGGUCCGUGGGAACAACCCUCAACUCCUGCGUUUGUGAGAACAGCUCUACCGUGUCCCUCCUGCAUGGAGCCCAUCCCAACAGCCUGUCUGGGAGAACAUGAGGUGAGUCCAGUUCCGUGUCACACUCGUGGGCCGUUCUCGUGCGGCCGGUCAUGUGGACGGACUUUAGCGUGUGGGAAUCAUAGCUGCAGUUUGGAGUGCCAUCAUGUGACCGCUCUGCCAAACUCAGACAAAACUAAGGCCGGUCAGGAGUGUGGGCAGUGUGAGGAGGGCUGUUCAAAGCUCCGUCCCGACGGCUGUACCCACCCGUGUGCGCUGCCCUGUCACCAUGGUAACUGCCCUCCCUGUCGGCUGAUGGUCCGUCAGCGCUGCCACUGUAAGAUCUCCAGCCUGUACAUCGAGUGUGUGAAGUUCACGUCUGCGGAUGAACAAGGCAAACAGCUGCUGAGCUCCUGUCAGAAUCAGUGUCCAAAACAGUUGGGAUGUGGGCACCGCUGUAAGCUGCUGUGUCACCCGGAUGAGUGCGAUCAGAGCUGCAGUCAGCGAGUGAAGCUCAAGUGUCCCUGCAAGAGGAUCAAAAAGGAAUUCCCCUGUUCUCGUGUGAGGUCAGAGAUGGACUUGGUCGUGUGUGAUGAGACGUGUCGACAGUUACAGAAGAAACAUGCAGAGGCUUGUGCAGCAGAGGAAAGAGCCGCUCUGGAGGAAGAAAUGAGAAAACAGCAGGCUGAGCUGGAGGCAUUUGAGAAACGACAGAAAGGACGGAGGAAGAAGAACAGGAAAGUCACAGAGGUGGAGACAGAGGAGGGGGUGUGGCACAGAUAUAAGCUCCGCCUCCUGAUGCCCAUCUGUGGCAUCCUGUUGGCUGUGGCGGCGUUCUGUCUGCUGCAGCUGACCAAUCAGGAGACGGACAGAGAGUGAACGUACCUCAGCAGCUUCCUGAGUGUCAACAGUAUUAUCUUUCAGUUUUGCAAACUAAAACUUUUUUUUCACCCUUUAAUUGACUUGCGUAGAUAAUUAGAAUGCUAGUUAUAUACAUGUCUGCAUAUGAUUAUUUAGUCUUCACACAGUGGAAGCUGUGAUUUUCUGAUCGACUGUGCCUCACUUUUAUUAAAACUGUCGAGUUAAUUUAAAGUGUCAUGAUUUUAUUUCUAUUAUUAAGAGAA